UUGAAUCGCGGCUUAAGAUAAGGGGGUUUUUAGUGUGUGACACGUGUGAGUGGGGCUCAGUCGGAGGCAGUAAAGUACAUGAGAUUUUAAUUUUAUUAUAUCUUAAGUCAGUGGGAUUUAGAUAUUUUUGAAGAUUUACACAAAGCCGGAGAAUGGGAUUUGGAGAUGGACGGGACCAGUAUGAGCUGGCAGCAACCUCAGAGCAGGCAAGCAAGAAGAAGUCCAAAGCAAAGAAGAAAGAGAAGGAUAUGGAUGAGCUAAAGAAGGAAGUUGACUUGGAUGACCAUAAGCUUACGCUGGAUGAACUUCAACGCAAAUAUGGUACAGAUCUAAAUCGGGGACUGACAGGUGCUCGUGCAGCAGAAAUCUUUGCACGGGAUGGUCCUAAUGCGUUAACCCCGCCCCCCACCACCCCAGAGUGGGUCAAGUUCUGUAAGCAGAUGUUUGGAGGGUUCUCCAUGCUGUUGUGGACUGGUGCCAUCCUCUGCUUCUUAGCAUAUGGCAUCCAGGCUGCCAUGGAAGAGGAGCCUGCCAAUGAUAAUUUGUACCUUGGAGUUGUGCUUUCUGCUGUCGUCAUCAUCACUGGCUGCUUCUCCUACUACCAAGAGGCAAAGAGCUCAAAGAUCAUGGACUCUUUCAAGAACCUGGUCCCCCAGCAAGCCUUGGUGAUCCGUGAUGGUGAGAAGAAGAGCAUCAAUGCUGAGGAUGUGGUGGUUGGAGACCUGGUGGAGGUGAAAGGAGGAGACAGAAUCCCCGCUGACUUGCGCAUUAUUUCUGCUCAUGGAUGCAAGGUGGAUAACUCAUCCCUCACUGGUGAAUCUGAGCCUCAGACUCGGUCUCCUGACUUCUCCAAUGACAAUCCUCUUGAAACAAGGAAUAUUGCAUUCUUCUCCACCAACUGUGUAGAAGGCACUGCCCGUGGUAUUGUUAUCAACACUGGGGACCGUACUGUGAUGGGCCGCAUCGCUACCCUUGCCUCUGGUCUAGAAGUUGGACGUACCCCAAUCUCCAUUGAAAUUGAGCAUUUCAUCCACAUCAUCACCGGUGUGGCUGUCUUCCUGGGCGUGAGCUUCUUCAUCCUGUCCCUAAUUCUGGGUUACUCAUGGCUGGAAGCUGUCAUCUUCCUCAUCGGAAUCAUUGUGGCUAAUGUGCCUGAGGGGCUUCUGGCCACUGUAACUGUGUGCCUGACCCUGACUGCCAAACGUAUGGCUAAGAAGAACUGCCUAGUGAAAAAUCUGGAGGCUGUGGAGACCCUGGGCUCUACCUCCACCAUCUGCUCUGACAAGACAGGCACCCUAACUCAGAACCGCAUGACUGUGGCUCACAUGUGGUUUGACAACCAGAUCCAUGAGGCUGACACCACGGAGAACCAGAGUGGCACCUCCUUUGAUAGGAGCUCUGCCACUUGGGCUGCUCUAGCCAGAGUUGCAGGCCUCUGCAAUCGUGCCGUCUUCUUGGCUAGUCAGGAAAACGUCCCCAUCCUCAAGAGGGAUGUUGCAGGGGAUGCCUCAGAGUCAGCCCUGCUGAAAUGCAUUGAACUGUGCUGUGGCUCUGUGAAGGACAUGAGGGAUAAGUAUCCCAAGAUUUCAGAGAUUCCGUUCAAUUCCACUAACAAAUACCAGCUUUCCAUCCACAAGAACCCUAACACCUCUGAGUCAAAGCACUUGCUGGUCAUGAAGGGAGCACCAGAGAGGAUCCUGGACCGCUGUUCCACCAUCCUGAUCCAGGGCAAGGAGCAGCCCCUGGAUGAUGAGAUGAAGGAUGCCUUUCAAAAUGCCUAUCUAGAGCUGGGAGGCCUGGGAGAGAGAGUGCUGGGAUUCUGCCAUUUCUUCCUUCCGGAUGACCAAUUUGCUGAAGGCUUCCAGUUUGAUACCGAUGAUGUGAACUUUCCCACUGAAAAUCUGUGCUUUGUUGGUCUUAUGUCAAUGAUUGACCCUCCCCGUGCUGCAGUGCCUGAUGCUGUAGGCAAGUGCCGGAGUGCUGGCAUCAAAGUUAUCAUGGUUACUGGUGAUCAUCCAAUCACAGCUAAGGCCAUUGCUAAGGGUGUGGGCAUCAUCUCAGAGGGCAAUGAGACUGUGGAGGACAUUGCUGCCCGGCUGAACAUUCCUAUUCAUGAGGUCAAUCCCAGAGAUGCUAAAGCUUGUGUGGUCCAUGGUGGUGACCUGAAAGAUUUGACCUCGGAGCAGCUGGAUGAUAUCCUGAGGUAUCACACAGAAAUCGUUUUUGCCAGAACAUCACCGCAGCAGAAGCUCAUUAUUGUGGAGGGUUGCCAGCGACAGGGUGCCAUUGUAGCUGUGACAGGCGAUGGUGUCAAUGAUUCCCCCGCCUUGAAGAAGGCCGAUAUUGGCGUGGCUAUGGGCAUUGCAGGAUCUGAUGUCUCCAAGCAGGCCGCUGAUAUGAUCCUUCUGGAUGACAAUUUUGCCUCCAUCGUCACUGGGGUUGAAGAAGGCCGUCUGAUCUUUGACAAUCUGAAGAAAUCCAUUGCCUAUACUUUGACCAGCAAUAUUCCUGAGAUUACACCCUUCCUGCUCUUUAUUAUUGCCAACAUCCCUCUGCCCCUGGGAACAGUCACCAUCCUCUGUAUUGACUUGGGCACUGACAUGGUUCCUGCUAUCUCCCUGGCUUACGAAGCUGCUGAGAGUGAUAUUAUGAAGAGGCAGCCAAGGAAUCCCAAAACAGACAAGCUGGUGAAUGAGAGGCUCAUCAGCAUAGCCUAUGGUCAGAUAGGUAUGAUUCAGGCUCUUGCAGGAUUCUUCGCCUACUUUGUCAUCCUGGCUGAGAAUGGCUUCCUGCCCUCUGCACUGCUUGGUAUCCGUGUUCGUUGGGAUGACAAAUAUGUCAAUGAUCUGGAGGACAGUUAUGGCCAGCAGUGGACGUAUGAGCAGAGAAAGAUUGUAGAGUUCACCUGCCACACAGCUUUCUUCACUAGCAUUGUGAUUGUACAGUGGGCUGACUUAAUCAUCUGUAAGACCAGGAGGAACUCUGUCUUCCAGCAAGGCAUGAAGAACAAGAUCCUCAUCUUUGGUCUCUUUGAAGAAACUGCUCUUGCUGCUUUCCUGUCUUAUUGCCCAGGAAUGGAUGUUGCCCUCAGAAUGUACCCUCUCAAACCAAACUGGUGGUUCUGUGCUUUCCCUUACUCACUCCUCAUUUUUAUUUAUGAUGAAAUUAGAAAACUUAUUCUCCGACGCAGCCCAGGGGGUUGGGUGGAGAGGGAGACCUACUACUAGACACAAUCCCCAUUCAUUUUUUUAUUUGUUUGCAUGGUAGUCUUGCUGAUUUCAAAUCUACUGGUAAAUUUGGGUUUUUUUAUAUAGAGAAUUCAACAAGAAUUGAUUAUGGAUUUAUGAAAAAGACAUGACGUGCUUUUGUUCUGAAGAAGGACAUUUUAUACAUGUUUUUUAACAGUGUAAAAUAAAAUAAACUCAAAGUUUCCACUGA